GUAUUCCUCAAACUCGCCGAGAUGGAGAUCAGCAAGGUCCUCUUCGUACUAGCGGCACUGCUUGGAGCAGCGCUGGCGCAGUACGAGAAGCACCAGACCAGCUACGGACACGCGCAGUCCUACGCAUCCGUCAACCAGAUCACGUCCAUCAAGCACGAGGUGCCCGUCUACAAGCACGAGUACAAGCAGCCCGAGCCUGUGUACAUCAGGCACGAGUACAAGCAGCCCGAGCCCGUGUACAUCAAGCACGAGUACAAGCAGCCUGAACCCGUGUACAUCAAGCACGAGUACAAGCAGCCCGAACCCGUGUACAUCAAGCACGAGUACAAGCAGCCCGAGCCAGUGUACAUCAAGCACGAGGCUCCCGUCUACAAGCACGAGCCCGUCUACAAGCACGAACCGGAACACUAUGCCCACCCCAAGUACGCCUUCAAGUACGGCGUUCACGACUCCCACACCGGCGACAUCAAGGACCAGGCUGAGGAGCGCGACGGCGACGUGGUGAAGGGCGAGUACUCGCUGCUGCAGCCCGACGGCAGGAAGCGCAUCGUGCACUACACCGCCAGCAAGCACGGCGGCUUCAACGCCGUGGUGUCCUACAGCGGCCACGCCGUCCACCCCGAGGUCGCCAAGAAGUACUAGACGCCAUCGUCGGAACUCGGCCUGAGUCAAACCAUCUCAAUUGAAAGACUGCAAAUGCAUUGUAAAUACCUCAUUAGACAGUAAAUAAAGUUAAUAAUGCAUCUAA